AUGCAAGGAGGAUUAUUGAAUCAAGAAAAGCCCUUUCCGUUACCCGCAGACUUUGAACCAUCCAAGUGGGACAUUACCAUUCCAUGCGGAUGGGUCAAGAGCAAAGAACAUUCUGGCAAUGCCCGAUUCUUGGAAUUGUGCCAACAGCAAUUGGAAAACUAUGAAAAGUGCACCACCAAGGUGGAACGAUCCGUAGUCAUUCAUCGAAUUGUCCUCACGGUGAUGGCUGGCAGUCCCACGCAGACAGGCUUUGUCAAUCGAGACAAGGCUACUGGACGGUGGCACUUUAUUGGCAUGACACGAGCCAGAGAACGCGUUGGCUAUGUCCUGAGAAGGGCGAUUGCUGACAAGAAGGCCAAGCGAGAAAAGGCCAAUAUGGGCGAAGAAGUCAUUGCUGCUGCUGCUGCUUCCUCCUCCAAAACAACCACUCCCUCGAAAAAGAGCAAGGCUGACAAGAAGCAACAACAAAGUGGAUUGGUCUUUCCUGGCAAGCUCGAUUCGGCAGAAGCCGACGCGGCAAAUGCCAAGUCAAUGGCCAGUCGAAGACGUAAACUUCCCAUUGGUUUUGCUCGCAGCAAGACUACGUCUUGUUCUUCCUCCUCUUCCUCAGGGGAAGAAGAAGAUAGUCCCAAACGCCGCAGAACUUUGCCAGUGAGCAAUGUUCCUUUCCAAAGGAUUGUUGGUAGUGGUGAUGCAAACAAUGCCACUACCCAUACCGUAGGAGGCAAAGCUGCCCUCAAGGAAGCCAUUGCUAUCGCCAAGCCAUCGGCAGCCGAGACUGGCAUUGCCAGACCACUGGCUGCCUAUCCACCCGCAGUCUCAUCGCUCUUUCCCAGUGCUACGAAUGAUAUUUACCUCGAAGCUGCCAUUCGAGAACAUGCGGCAUUGAGAGAACGUCAAUCGGCAUCCUCGAGAGAGAAUGCUGCUCUUCGAGAACUCGCAGCUUGGGGAGGACAAACUGCCGAUGCCGUUUUGAGGGAGCGAAUGGCCAUGAGAGAGCAUGCCACGAUUCGAGAACGACUUGCCUUUCACGAAGAUGCCAUUUUACGAGAACGUCUCGCCCUGCACGAAAAUGCUGCCUUGCGAGGACAAUUUUCCUUGCAUGAUCGUCUCGGAAUGGGCCAGCAAGGGGAUGAAACCAAUGCUGCCACCACAAACUUUCCCAAGACAAGCAUGGCAGAUGCCCUUGCCGCUGUCAAGGCCAUGAACACUGGCGCACCUGGUGUCCACCAGUCGUUGACUCCUACCCAAUUGCUUCAACUCGGAGCAUCCUUGGGAGGCAUGUCUGCAUUUUCUAUGGCGGGACUCCCACCCAGCUUGUUUGCGUCAUUGCAAUCAGGAGGUGCUGGUUUGAAUGGUGCUGGAUCAUUCCAACCCACCAUGUAA